AUGGAGAGCACCCGUCCAGACCCCUGUAGCAUUGUUGGUCUCUUGGUUACCAAACCAGACUUCAAAAGUUCAUUCAAGUCUGGAGAUGUUAUCGAAAUUGAGUUCAUCUCGGCUCCCGAAGUCACCACCAUCGACGAGAUUAACUUGACGAUUAGUUGGGAGGGUAAAGCUCAUAUUCUCGACACCAACGUUACCUUGACUCCUCCCGGCCAGAGGACCUACACUCUCAGGUACACCCUUCCUGAGGGCUUGAAACCUGAUGCUCGAUACAGCGUUGGAAUUGGUUCCUUGUGGAUGGCUCAAUCUUGCACUUUUCCUAUCAAUGAACCGAAAUGGGGCCUCACGAUUACAACUCCUGGGAUUGAUCAAUACUAUAAAAGCGGUGGUCAUGUCGUUGUCAAGUGGGAAGAUCCCUACAACCUUUACCAGGAUCUUAAGUUUCAAUUCAUCAAGAUUUGUACAUUUAACAGCAUUGAAAAUCUCGUUUGGACAUCUGUAUUGGCUCGGGAUGUCUCAAUCUCUAGCGGUAGAUACAUCGUUAAACUUCCCGAGAAUCUUCCGGUCCACAAAGGCUAUACCAUCGGGUUUCGUGUCAUUCGCGAUGACCGGAAUGAAGAUUAUUACACGUGUCCCUUCAGCGUUAUCUGA